GCGAAUAACUCCAAAACAGUAUAACUGAGGGGGUCUGCAAUCAAUUCUUUCGCCCCAUACUUUCCUUCUGGUCAUUACACCCGUAAACUAUUCCAACUUUGUACACCACAACGAAAAUGUCCAUGACACCAGGUUCGAAAUCCAGGUCGUCCACCCCGACAGUAUUCGAACAGCAGCGGGAGGAACUGGUGAGAGAGAUCGCCGUGGGAAUGGAACAAGUCCUGCAAAACAUCAACCGAUUGAACCGAAACCUAGAAAGUGUCGUUGCAGUGGGCAACGAGUUUAGCUCCGUUGAAGCUCUCUGGUCUCAAUUCGAGAACUUCAUGGGACGGCCGGAGGAAGAGAAGGCCGAGAGUGGUGUAAAGGAGAAAGAGGAGCCUCAUGAAGACCAGAGCGAGCUGCAUGAGCAGGAACUCGCCAAUGAGAGGAGCGAGUUAGACGGUUAAGAUAUGAGACAUGAUCCAGAAUGUUUUCGGUGCAUGGCUUGGUGUAUUGGAGUUCAAAUUUGGGCGUGUGUACAGUUUAUUCUCUAUCUCUAGAUGAUAUAGUAUCAAUUUACAGGACAAAAA